AUGGCGAAUUCCCAUCUGGGUACUCUCUUUUUCUUCAUCUCUUUACUGGGUUUCGCUAGUUUCUCCGUUUCUCAAAACAAUCUCGAUGAUCUCACUAUGCAAGCUCUGAAAUCGAGUCUGAAUCUCACAUCAGACGUCGAUUGGUCUAACCCUAAUCCAUGUAAAUGGGAAUCAGUUCAAUGCGAUGGUAGUAAUCGUGUUACAAGGAUUCAGCUUAAACAGAAAGGGAUUCGUGGAACUCUACCUUCAAAUCUUCAGAAUCUCUCUGAAUUAACUGUUCUUGAGCUUUUCCUUAACCAAAUCUCUGGUCCGAUUCCUGAUCUCUCUGGUCUCACUCGUUUACAGACGCUGAAUCUACACGAUAAUCUCUUCGAUUCGGUACCGAAGAAUCUGUUCACAGGGAUGAAUUCGCUUCAAGAAGUGUUUCUGGAGAACAAUCCUUUUUCUCCUUGGGAGAUUCCAGAUACAAUCAAAGAAGCAACGUCUCUGCAGAAUCUUACUCUCUCUAAUUGUAACAUUACUGGGAAAAUCCCAGAUUUCUUCGGAUCUCAAACGUUACCAAGCUUGACGAAUCUGAAACUAUCUCAGAAUUUUCUUCACGGUGAGUUACCUUCGAGCUUUGAUGGUUCUUCGUUACAGUCUCUUUACUUGAAUGGUCAAAAGGGAGAGACGAAGCUGAACGGUUCAAUAUCGAUUUUGAGGAAUAUGACUUCGCUCGUUGAGGUUUCUUUGCAAGGAAAUGGUUUCUCAGGUCCAAUUCCUGAUCUUUCUGGUUUACAAUCUCUUCGUGUGUUUAAUGUAAGAGAGAAUCAGCUCACUGGUAUUGUUCCACGGUCUUUGAUUGGUUUGAAAUCGCUUACUACUGUGAAUUUAACUAACAAUUUGCUUCAAGGACCAACUCCGUUGUUCGGAAAAUCCGUUGGUGCCGAUAUGUUCCCGGGGACGAACAGCUUUUGUCUGGAUACAGCUGGUGUUGCGUGUGAUCCUCGUGUCGAGAUUUUGCUCUCUGUAGCUGAAUCAUUUGGUUAUCCGGUGAAGCUCGCUGAAGCGUGGCAAGGAAACGAUCCAUGUGUUAAUUGGGUUGGGAUUACUUGUUCGGGAAGUAAUAUUACCGUGGUUAAUCUGAGGAAACAGGGUCUUUCGGGUACGAUAUCUCGGAGUUUAGCCAAGCUUACUUCAUUGGAGACUAUCAAUCUCUCUGAUAAUGAUCUCUCCGGUACUAUACCGACCGAGCUUACCACAUUGCCUAAGCUUAAGACACUCGAUGUGUCGAACAACAAUAUUUACGGAGUCAAGCCAAAGUUUGGGGCAAAUGUGAAUGUGGUGACUGAUGGAAAUGCUGACUUUGGAAAGGAUGGACCUAGCUCAUCGGGUGGUUCUUCUACUGGAGAUUCAGGAGGAAAGGGAGUGUCUGGAGGAAGUGGCGGUAGCGAAGGUUCUAAGAAAUCUAGCAGUGUCAAGAUUAUUGUUCCUGUGGUUGGCGUAGUUGUGGGUGCAUUGUGUCUGGUUGGGCUUGGUGUUUGUCUCUACUCGAAGAAAAGAAAGCGACCCGCUAAAGUUCAGAGUCCGACUAGCAACAUGGUGAUUCAUCCGCAUCAUUCGGGUGACAAUGAUGACUUGAAACUCACUGUUGCAGCUUCGAGUCUUAACAAUGGUGGAGGAAGCGAGAGCUGUUACAGUCACAGUGGAAGUGCAGGGAGUGAUAUUCACGUCGUGGAAGCUGGGAACUUGGUUAUAUCGAUACAGGUAUUGAGGAAUGUGACAAACAACUUCAGCGAAGAGAAUAUUCUCGGGAGAGGUGGUUUCGGGACAGUUUACAAAGGUGAACUACACGAUGGAACGAAAAUAGCUGUGAAGAGAAUGGAGUCUUCGGUUGUGAGUGAUAAGGGACUUACUGAGUUUAAAUCCGAGAUCACUGUUCUGACUAAAAUGCGUCAUCGUCAUCUUGUUGCGCUUCUCGGGUACUGCCUUGAUGGUAGCGAGCGGCUUCUUGUCUAUGAGUACAUGCCACAGGGAACACUGAGCCAGCAUUUGUUCCAUUGGAAAGAAGAAGGGAGAAAACCUCUUGAUUGGACUAGACGGUUGACGAUUGCAUUGGAUGUAGCUCGAGGUGUAGAGUAUCUGCACACGCUUGCGCACCAGAGUUUCAUCCAUAGGGAUCUAAAGCCAUCAAACAUCCUUCUCGGUGAUGACAUGCGUGCUAAAGUCUCUGACUUUGGGUUAGUCCGUUUAGCCCCUGAAGGCAAAUACUCAAUUGAGACUCGAGUCGCUGGGACUUUCGGGUACCUUGCCCCAGAAUACGCAGUGACGGGAAGAGUGACUACCAAAGUCGACAUUUUCAGCCUCGGGGUCAUUCUUAUGGAGCUAAUCACCGGUCGUAAAGCUCUAGACGAGACGCAACCCGAGGACAGUGUCCAUCUAGUGACAUGGUUCCGUCGGAUAGCAGCCAGCAAAGACGAGAACGCCUUCAAAAACGCAAUCGACCCAAACAUUACCCUCGACAAAGAUACCUUAGCAAGUGUCGAAAAAGUUUGGGAGCUUGCUGGUCAUUGCUGUGCCCGUGAGCCUUACCAACGACCCGACAUGGCUCACAUCGUCAACGUCCUUUCUUCACUCACCGUCCAAUGGAAACCCACCGAGUCCGACCCCGAUGACCUAUACGGAAUAGACUACGAUAUGCCGCUUCCGCAAGUGGUUCAGAAAUGGAAAGAAUUCGAGGGAGUUAGCCAAACCGCGGAUGACUCGGGUUCUUCGUCUUCGGUUUACGGAAGCAAAGACAAUACACAGACAAGUAUCCCAACCCGUCCAUCUGGAUUUGCCGACUCAUUCACUUCUGUGGAUGGACGUUGA